CAAACUGAUCCUGUUUUGUAUUAGGCGCGUCAUUACUGAGCUUAACGGCACAUCGGUUAGAAAACAGCAAUACCGCAAGAUGUGGAGAAUUUCUGAAAUAGUCUCAAACUCAAAUGUUGCAUUAGACGGAGACAGUGGCAAUAUGAUGGCAUUUUAAAAAUGACCGGCGUAAUAAGGAGCAACUUUGAAGCUGACUUCACUCUGUAAGGAUGAUCUCCAGUAUAAGCUUAGUGGUCUUCCACCUCCUGGCAGCAUACAGUACUGUUAAUCCCUGCCUUUGUUCGAGCCUCAGUCCUGCUGGACCAGUAGUCAACUGUAGCUCUUUAAACCUCAUGGAGGUGCCCCAUCUGCCCUCAGAAACCACGGAGCUCUAUUUGCAGAACAACCGGCUCACUUCAUUGUCUCCAGGCCUGUUUGACAGAUUUACUGGGCUGAAACGCAUCUCCUUGUCUGAGAACCCUUUCCACUGUGAUUGUCAAAUCCAAUACCUGAGGAACUGGUUGCUGAAGAACAGGGCUAUUGUUUUGAAGGAGCCCACUUGCUCCAGUCCAAGCUCUGUGGCUCAGAAAGCCAUCACUGAACUUAGUGAUGACUACUUUUCUUUCUGCACGGUGGCAAAAUGCACUCAUGGAAUGUACAACACCAUAAUAGGAGUGAUGCUAUUCGGCCUCAUUGUUCUGCUUCUGUGGAGCUUGAAAAUAGCCAGAAAGUCCACUUUCACUCUGGAUAUAGACGAGAGACAUUCAGGAUUCGAGGCUGACUCCCUACGCUCACUGAAGCCCAAACACAGGAGGAGGCUGCACACCGGACUAUCAGAAGUCAGUGUCGACUCAGAGUCUCUCGCUGAUAAGGAGGAUCUAGACAGGCCACUUCUCAACAUGGAGUUGCUGCCACAAGUAUUGGAUGUGUUACACAAGAAGCAUAAUAUAAAGAUAAAGGCUACCUGAAUGAUCUCUGUCCACUACAGUUGCUCCUAAACAUUAAAAGGGGGGCUUGAAAUAUCCUGGCUUUUCAAAAUAAAAUUCAAGUAAUGGUAGCCUA